GUUGCUGCUAAUGUUUGUUGUCUAAAAACCUAUGGUGCCGCCUUCUUUCAGGACGCUAAGGCCCUAUCCGAUAUCAAAAAAGCGUCUUGUACCUGAUCAUAUCGAUCAACCUGAUUGGGCAAAUGAUGGUAUCCCAAAAAUUGAACCCAAUAGUGAUUUACAGCAUGUCGUUGAGAUCAAAACUCCAGAGCUGAUUGCGAGGAUGAGAGAAACAUGCCGAAUAGCAAGGGAAGUUCUGGAUGCAGCGGCUCGUAUUAUUCGGCCUGGCGUGACAACUGAUGAAAUUGAUGCGGUGGUGCAUGAGGCUACUGUUGCCGCUGGUGCAUAUCCAUCUCCGUUGAAUUAUCACUUUUUCCCCAAGUCAUGCUGCACGUCAGUCAAUGAAGUUAUCUGCCAUGGGAUUCCAGAUGCAAGGAAAUUAGAGGAUGGUGAUAUUGUAAAUGUUGAUGUUACUGUAUAUUACAAAGGGGUUCAUGGUGAUCUGAAUGAAACCUUCUUUGUUGGUAAUGUUGAUGAAGCAUCUCAACGGUUAGUCCAGUGCACAUAUGAGUGUUUGGAGAAAGCAAUAUCAAUUGUUAAGCCUGGGGUACGGUUUCGGGAAAUUGGGGAGGUCAUCAAUCGACAUGCUUCAAUGUCUGGCUUAUCUGUGGUGAAGUCAUAUUGUGGUCAUGGCAUUGGAGAACUUUUCCAUUGCGCACCAAACAUUCCACAUUAUUCAAGAAACAAAGCAGUUGGCGUUAUGAAAGCUGGCCAAACUUUUACAAUUGAACCUAUGAUUAAUGCUGGUGUUUGGCGUGAUCGCAUGUGGCCUGAUGGAUGGACUGCUGUGACAGCAGAUGGGAAACGAAGUGCUCAGUUUGAACACACUCUCCUGGUCACAGAGACUGGAGUUGAAGUACUCACAGCACGCCUGCCGACAUCUCCCAAAGUGUUCCCUUGGCUGAGUUCUUGAUUCGUGGUUUGCAUUUAGCAAUUGAGGAUCCAGCCAGUCAUCAAAAAUUUCAGUGACAAGUUAAUCUAUUUAUGUGUGUCAAAUGUAUUUUUUAAUUGAUUGGCUUUUGAAAUUUUGGUCUUAAAUCUCGUCCAGUUUGCAGACAGAAUCAUAGGGUAAACUAGAUGAACGAAUCAGUCUUUUCUCGAGUCAAAUGCUAUAAUGAAGCUGAAGCUUUUGGAUAUCUGAUUUCGUAUUAGAUUAAGCUCUAUAUAAGGGGCUUGCUCGGUUUGCCGUUAAGAAAGAACAAUUCCAUUAGAUAGCGUUUUGUAUAAUUAAUAUAAUGUUUGUUUUUAGGUAUAAUACUUUGAAUUACUAAGUAGAUUCUAUAUAAUGAAGACAGCCUUUGGUUUUUA